AUGGAUGAUAGAUCGGCCGAGGCGCAAAGCCUCAUCCGUACUAUUCAGAUCCCCGCCAUCUCAAAGGCAACUCUUCAAUCCAUCUGCGCCGUGAAUGGAAUUCCCAAGACAGGCAACAAAAGCGAUCUCCAAAGGCGCAUCAUCACCCACAUCAACAAUUGCGCUACAGACAGGGACUGGGAACGGUUAAGUGAGAUCCGAAAGAGCAUUCAUUCUCAGACCUCGAUCUUCAUCGCUCCGUCCCUUUCCCCACAGCAACCACCUCCGCCAUCGCAGCCGCCAUCGCAACUGCAAUCAUCGCGGCCCCAUUCCGGGCCGCUGCCUGAUCCCGCUUUCUACCAAGCAGGCCGCCAGGGAACGCCUCCCAACUAUGCCAUGCCGCCCUACACUUCCUCGAGCUACGUUCCGCCAGCUGCGCCACGAUCGCAUGCCCAGCCGGGCCCUUCUUAUCCAGGCUCGUCAAAUGGCUCGGCCGCUCGGCCGAGGCCCAAUGCUGUGCUGAUGUCUCCAGGCAUUCUUUUCAAACCAAGCCCGUUCUACGAACAGAGAUACCAAGUCGGAGACAUCAGGACCCUCGAGGGACCAGUGAUGACAGCGCACCGCAAUGCGGAACGCAUUACCCUCAAGACACAGGAUCAUGCGGCGCUUCAACUAUGCUUGACAGACACCAGCAUGAGGGUCAUGGUGUUUUGUGCGGCCGGCAACACCGGGCCCCAGGACAUCGCGUUCCCCUAUCAGUGCGAACUAAAGGUGAAUGGCGGUGAAAUCAAGGCCAACUUGCGAGGCGUGAAGAACAAACCUGGGUCUACUAGACCGGUUGACAUCACGGACUCGCUACGCCUGAAACCUACCAGCUAUUCUAAUAACGUUGAGCUCACCUAUGCCCUGACUCAGAAGGUAAGCUCAGCACCUCUCAAUGUCAAGGCGCCAACAGAGAAGUUCUACCUGACUGUGAUCGUUUGCAAGACGGUCCCGGUCGAGACCCUCGUGUCUCAAAUACAGAAGAAGAUUCGUAAAGAAUCUGUUGUUGCCGAGAUUACGAAGAAGGCCAAUGAUCCCGACGUAGUUGCCACGUCGCAGAACCUGAGUCUCAAGUGCCCGAUUACAUACAUGAGGUUAAAAGUUCCUUGCCGUGGUCUCGGUUGUAACCAUAUUCAGUGCUUUGACGCGACGUCAUAUCUCCAACUGCAGGAACAGGGCCCGCAGUGGAUAUGCCCCAUCUGCAAUAAACCUGCGCCAUAUGACCAACUGGCCAUCGACGAAUAUGCGCGCGACAUACUAUCGCAGACUUCUGAGUCUGUCGAACAAGUCACAAUUGAAACCGACGGCAAAUGGGUCGUUCCAGGCCGGGAAAGGGACGUAACCCCUAAGGUGCAGGAAGCAAGCUUUGUCGACGACGACGAUGUAUUCAUCGCGUCAGAAGUGACCAAGACUGCCAACAGGAACACAGAAACCCCUAGUAUGCUUUCCGCAUCGGGAUCUACGCCGUAUUUCGGAACCCCGGCAAGUGCCGCGUCCCAAGAUGGCCCUACAGCCGCCAGAUCGUCAAGCAAGCGCCCGGCUCCCGAAGUAAUCGACCUGACGCUGUCCGAUGACGACGAACCGCCUGCGCGGCCGGUCAAGCGAGCGAACUAUGGAAGCAAUGGCUAUUCAGGGCCCUUGUACUAG